AUAACUAAUCCGUAUUAAUAAAUCAAAGCGAUUUAUAAAAAUGUUAAAAAAAUUAUUGUAAGCUAAAGUGAAAUUAAAAUGGACAAUUCAAAUAGCAUCCCUGUAUUACUAAAAAAAUUAUGUGAAGAAUUGACACUAAAACAAGAUGCCAUCAAGCCAGCUGAAGCAUAUGAGUUGGCACUCUCUUAUAUGACUUCAAUAAAUGAGGAGAAUUCCAUACCAGAUGAGAAGAUUCUUUGUCAAAAAAUACAUUCCCGUUUGAGCAGUGUCUCUGGUAGAGAUGCUGACAAAUUCAAUGAGUUAUUUGCAAAACUAAAAAAUACUUUUGUUUUGAAACAGCCAGUAUCUGUUCUUUCCCUUUUAUUGGAUCUCUCUGAAGCACCCCAGGCAACAAACUCAACACAACAAUUGUUUCCUGUACCAAAUUUGAGUGUCAUUAACUCUACUGCGGCAUUUACUGGAGCUAGUUCUAGCAAGAGUACUGUUGGAACAGCAAGUUGGGGUGUUAAUACACCUAAACAACAAAAUUCCAAUCCAAGUAUUUCUACAAAUAACAGCAAUUUGGUUAUAGCAACACAAUCAUGCAACCAUGCAAAUGAACCGGCAUGUGUAAGAGAUGCUGUGUUAGCAGCUACGGGAGUCAAAGCUAGGUCAUCCUGCAAUUGGUCAAGACCGGUGCAGAUACUGUAUUCUAGAAUAGCGCAUCUGGGAUUUUUGCAUGAUAAGCUUAAGGAUUUUAUUGAUCCGGCUUCAGUUUUUACACCUCAAGGUCUGAUGGUGGAAGGAUUGGUUGCAGCUAUAAGAGAAGAAUUAACGGAAUAUUAUAGAAGUGUUGCCCUUUUACAGUCUCAGGUGUGUGAAAGUGGUGGGGGAGGUGGGACGCUUCGUCGUGUUUCCGUUUGGGCUCAAGAUCCGUUGCACAGAUUACAUUGGCUCGCAACCAUUGUGCAUAGUGUUCAACACAAAAGAGGUGGUGAAUUGGCAACGUGCGUACAUAGAUACGUACAUCACGGCGACGAACGCGUGUCUGCGCUCGCAAGGCGAUUGUUAACUUCGCUAACUUACCCGCUGCUACUGAUGCUGACACGAUGGCUUUUACAUGGAGAAAUCGACGAUCCGUACCACGAAUUCUUUAUUGAAAGCAGAAAUGGAGUACCAAUUGAUAGAAUGUGGCAUGAUAAAUACAGAGUAAGGGAAUGGAUGGUCCCAUCGUUCAUGUGCCGAGAGCAAGCCGCGCAGAUAUUGGCUACGGGCAAGAGCGUCGUGUUUAUGCGCGAAGCGUGCGCAGAUUUACCUGAUCAAUGUGAUACGACACCAGACCAUGCGAUACAUCUGCAGAGUUUAUUGGCUGCUCAUACUAGGACAGCCACACGCGAUUCAAGCGGCAACUCGGAAGUAGCGUGGUGGGAGGCGGAGGGCCUUCGUGAGGGAGUUGAAACGGCCCAUUUGAUGGCCUCUCAGCGUCUCCUGGCCGCUUUGACGACUCAUCAUCACCUACUGGAUCACCUUGCUGCCCAUCGCCGGUAUCUAUUGCUCUCUCAAGGUGAUUUCGUUCAUCACCUGAUGACGCUAUUGCAGGACGAAUUGAGCAAGCCAGCGACAUCCCUAUACGUACACAACUUGACGUGUACGUUGGAGGCGGCCGUGCGCGCGACGAACGCACAGUACGAACCACAGCACGUUCUCUCAAGGCUUCAUGUCAAUUUAUAUCCUAAUUGUGACGGCCGCGAAGACAGCGGUUGGGAUGUGUUCGCACUGCAGUACCGUGUGGAUGGACCCCUGGGAACAUUAUUUCCCGCCACCUGUGCGGCCAGGUAUCGGGCCUUGUUCACCCAACUAUGGCGGGUGAAACGCAUCGAGUACGCCCUGCAUGACGCCUGGCGCGAUCAUACGAUAUUGCAGAAGCGGCUCAAAGCGAUGCCUGAGGUCUGGGGUCUUAUGCGUCGUGUAUCAUGCUUACGGGCCGAAGCACUGCGUCUCUGCGGAGCCCUACAGGACGCCAGUUGCGAAGGGGCGGAGCCUGCUUGGGUGGAACUCCUAUCUGCCGCCUCUGAAGGCCACCAUCUUGAUAGAUUAUUGCAGCUUCAUCAUAAUGCCCUCGACAGACAUUCGAUUCAUGCAAUGAUACAUCAUAGUACGCAGGAACUGCAAUCAUAUUUAGGUAAUGUUCUGAACGAAACAUUGGCGUUGCGAAGUUUUGAGACGACCCUGCAUACGGGGAUUAAUACGGAAUUGGAAAGACGCGAACGAUACGAGGCCCUCAAAGCUGAGAGGGCUGCGAGAAAUGAAUUUGCCAUCACCUGUGAUGAUGAAGCACAUGAUAAGGAGAAGAGGAAAAUAUUUAUCCAGUUUUUGGCGAGUAGGAAAGCUGAUCUUAAUGUUUGGGCUCGUUCUUAUAGAGGUCACGUGACAACAUUGAUACUGAAGCUGGCGCUUCACCAAGAGGUCUCCCUUCAGACCCUGGCCUUCAGACUAGACUACAGUGACUUCUACAAGCGAGGCGAUGCCAAACUACACGAACCUUUGACGUAUCAGCACAAACGUCUCAGCGAGAUGGGACUCCAUUUAGCUAAGACUCGUCUCCUAGAUCACACUAAGAGAAAGUGACAAACGGCUGUGGAACCAACCACUGGUUUUUUUUGCACAAAGUGGAUUGGUUUUGGAUGUGUUUGGGCCGAGUAAUGGACUGACUAUUCUUUGAUUAGCAGCGAUAGGAUUUUGUCUCAUUAAACUAAGUUUUUUCUAUGGAGCCAGCCUUACUGUGUAAAAACUGUUUAAAUAUAGAUAGUGCAAUUCACAAAGACGCUCCCCACCAAUUUUUGGUUGAGAGGAGCGCGGGGUGCGGGGAGUUUGUUCCAAGUGUCAGUUGCGAACCUUUAGUGGUUCGUUAGUUACAUCAGAGAGUUAAUUGAAUCUCUAGACAUUUAAUAAAAUAUCGAUAUUCAAUCAAGUCGCUAGUAUUUUCAUUGAAUAUAGCAGCGUCGAAAAUGUUUAACUAUCUGUCUGACUGAAAGCCAGCGUGUUGAUUAAUAAUGUAAAACAAGAUGGCGGUCACGACAACAGCUGAUUACUUUUAGAGUCUUUCUUCUAGCAAACGUUGGUUUGUUUGGUUUUUUGUAUACAAUUGUGGUCUUUGGUAAAAUUUUAAACAAGUUGUGGACCCCGCCAUGAUAUUUCGGUGUGCUUUAAUUAACUCUCUAGAGAUUCAAUUAACUCUCUGAUUUAACUACUUUACUACGACAUAACUAUAACACUCAAACAUUGACGGAAGCUUGCACACAUAUACCAUAAAUGGUUAGGAGGAAAAGUGGGGCGCGUCUUCGUCGAUUGCACUAUCUGUGCCACUGGUAAGAUUUUUGUAACAUUAAAAAAAAUCUUCCAUAAGUGUUGUUCCAUAAAUUUUAUUUGAAAUGAAAUCAAGCCUUCAUACAAGUUUUGUACGUAUUGAGGUUUAUUUUUUAAAUAUAGAUAUCAUUAAUAAUAAGUCCGGGCUGACGGAUUUAGACAUUUUAGAUUUUUUGCACAGGUAACAACAAUAUACUCUGUAUUUUUAAUUCCGUAGAAUUCUGACAGCUUUCAUUUUUUGACAUGUCCUAGAUGACAAACCUUUUUGGCUAGGCAGAUUUUUCAAUAUGUACAUUUUAUUUGUUAGUGAAUGUAUCCAUUUUAUUAUUUAUUAAAAGUGGUUUUACGACGAGUGAAGACUACGUCCCUUUUUAUCACCAACAGUACAAAACGCACAAGUAAAGAUAACAUCUUAUUUCAUUACAAAGGUUUGCUAAAUCUGGAAUUUGUGAUACCAGCUAAAGAUUAAAAUACAAAUUAAAGUUAAUUCGAUAUAUUGUUCAUGAUAUUGAAAUAUUUGUUAUUUUUGUAUUAUGUCACUUGAGUAAGUAAUUAUGGAGAUUUACCAUUUUAGGUGAAACUAAUUUUACGGUGGAGAACUUUUUUAGUAGCAACACUUAUAAAUUGUCAGAAUUCUAAAAAGAAAAUUCAGAGUAUAGCUUCAUCUCGGAACAUGAGAAUUAUAUCAAAAAUAGACCUUUGUGAAGUUGUUAUAAAAUCGUUUUAAUUCACUACAUUUUAGGUAAUAAAAUAAAAAAAGAGGAACUUUAAAUAACUUUAAAAUUGGCACCAUUUUACAAUCCUCACUUGAAAUAAUCAAGGCACUGGUUAGUCGUAAUUUUUACUCUUAGUUUGUGCCAUAACAUUUAAUUAAUAAAAACUAUUUUUAUA